AUGCAACAGCCAGAUGGCUACCAAUAUCCAUGCAAUAUUCAAGAGCACAAUGAUGGUUACCCAACUCCUGUUAUGACUACUGGAUCUGCCGCGAGCGAAAGAGGUGAUGUAGCAGAAACAUCGGGAUGUAGGGAAACUGAGUUCCCAUCUACCUCCGCUAGAGUUGAAGAAUGCAACAAAGAAAGACCAGAUUCUAUGGAAACUGAGGAUGGAAUUGGCGAGACAUCUCAAUUAGAUGAUGAAAUUGGUGGUGACACGAUUUUAGAGCCCAAGUCGAAGAUGGAGUUUAAUUCCUUUGAAGAAGGUGGGAAGGCCCAUAAUAGGACGUUGAAUGUUGCCAGGCCACGUCCGACAGGAAAGACUGAGUGUAAGGCGAAGAUUAAUGUCUUAAAAGUUGAUGGAAAGUUUCAAUUGACAACGGUUAAUAACAUUCAUAACCACAACCUCAGUCCAAAAAAAUCCUACUUCUUUCGAUGUAAUCGAGAAGUUAGUGAUUCCAUAAAAAGAGUCUUAGAUACAAAUGAUCUGGCUGGUAUCCGAAUGAAUAAGAGCUUCAGAUCUCUUGUCGUUGGCAUGGGAGGUUUCGAAAACCUCCCGUUUUUGGAAAAGGAUUGUCAGAAUUACAUUGAUAAGGCAAGACAUCUAAGGCUUGGUGCUGGUGGUGCUGGAGCGCUUCAAGAAUAUUUUUUACGGAUGCAAUACAAAAAUCCUGGCUUUUUUGCGUCGAUGGAUCUAGAUGACAAUGGGAGGUUGAAGAAUGUCUUCUGGGCAGACCCUCGUAGUAGGGCAGCCUAUGAAGAUUUCAGUGACGUGCUUUCCUCCUAUUCUGCCUAUAAAAGUGGGAUGAAGAGUGCCCUGAUGAAAUGUGUGUAUGAUUCCCAAAAUGUUGAAGAAUUUGAAAGCUAUUGGGAGCAUUUAAUCACCACUUACAACUUGGAGAAGAAUGCUUGGCUGCAAACUUUAUACACUGAGCGUGAGCAUUGGGUACCGGCAUUCUUGAAAGAUUCAUUUUGGGCGGGGAUCAGUACAACGCAGCAGAGUGAAAGCAUGAAUGCUUUUUUUGAUGGUUAUGUUCACGCUAAGACAAACUUGAAAGAGUUUGUUGAUCAGUUUGACAACACCUUGAAGAAAAAAAUUGAGAAUGAAAAUAGCUCUGACUUUCACUCCUUCAGCGUCACUAUUCCUUGCAUAUCUAGAUCUCUGAUUGAAAAGAAGUUUCAAGAAUGUUACACGAAUGCAAAAUUCAGGGAAGUUCAGAGAGAACUGCAAUGUCUUAUAGAUUUGGCUCCAGAGUUACUUAAGAGAGAUGGUGGUGUAAAGACGUACCUUGUAGAGGAUGAAGUUCAUGUGGAAGAAUUCACUAAGUUACAUAUUCAGUGGACUUUAGUGAUGUGGAUACAGCUGCAAAGUGUUCGUGUGGGCUAUUUCAGAUGA